AUGAUCAAUGCUUGUCUUCAAGCGUUUCCAAACGUUCAUGUUAAAUGUUGUUGGUACCAUUUUGUUCAAGCUUUAUGGCGAAAAAUUCAGAAACUUGGCCGUACUGCUUCAUAUGAAACAGAUCCAUUGGUUAAUACAUGGUUCAAACAAUAUAUGGCUUUACCAUUGAUUUUAAGAGGAUUAAUAGAUAAUGGUUUACAGUUAUUGAAAGAUACAAUUCCUUCAAAUGAUUAUAAAUAUCGUAAGUUCCUGAGGUAUUUUGAAAAAGAAUAUAUUAAACGUACAUCUAUUGAUUUAUGGCACCAUGGCAAUAAUGACAUGAAAACAAAUAACUCUUUAGAAGGAUAUAAUUUUCGAUUGUUAACGCGAUUUGGAUUACAUCCAUCAAUUUGGGAAUUUUUGCACUUUUUGAAGGACGAAGAAGCACUAGUAUCACAUCGAAUUACUCAUUUAGGUGGAGGAAGUGGAAUUAGAUCAAGUACAUUGGUUUAUUCAAUUAUGCAGUCCAGAAGAAGGGCAGACAAAAAUAAAAAACAUUUAUUAAAUUUGGAAGAUUUGUUUAUUUCAAAAUCUAUUGGUUUAAAAGAAUAUUUAAAAUCUGCAUCAUUAAUGAUUGGUAAAAUUGUCGGACAAAGUACGAAUGAAAAGACUAAUGAUCAAGCAACUGCAAAUGAAUCAUUUACUCGAAUAUGA